UUAACGUCUCAUAGCUAUUUCCUUAAACACCUUACUAUCUGAUAGACUAGUACUGUGCUGGGGCGCAACCGCUAUACCUACAGCUUUUACGUAUCGGAAUCGCCUCCAUCGCUGGAUUGUCACCUCUGGUUCACAACUUUGCAAGCUGACGAGCGCACACCGGCUGCGACCUUCUCUGCGCGCUUGGGGUCGAGGACGCAACGUUAAGAGGGCUGCCCCUGGCAGCGCAGGCAAAGCGGUGCGGGCAAAAAUGUCCGACCCGCUUUCCCAGUUGGCUUACACGGCCCACGUCCUGUCGAAAAAGACAUCAAGCCAGCUCCAGCAACCGCAGCCCCCUCAUCAACUUCCACCUCAGCGGCCAGCGCGGUCACAGCAGCAAUUGUCUCAACAAUCUCGGCAAUCGCAGCAAACGCAAGGCGAAGAGGCGAUGUCGGAGACCGAGGACACGCCUAUGGCAAUGGAUGGCGAUGACGGCGACAGCGAUGGUGAUUAUGAGAGCGGUGCGGCUGGCGGUAGCGCUAUAACGGGAGGGCAGCCGACGAGCGGCACCUUUGCCGGAGGCAUGCUCCCGGCCCUUGGCGGUGAAGCCUUUGGCGGGGGCGGGGGAUGCGCCAUACUCGCAGGCUUUGGUGGCGGGGAUCUGGGUCAAGCCGGACGUGGCGCUGGCCUGCAGUUCGGGAGUCCCACCAUGGUAGGCAUUAACGGCAUGAGGGCGAUGUACGGCAGCGGCGGAGGCAGCGGCAAGCGGCUCAGCCGCCGUCCGGUGCAAUUCUGGGCGCCGUUUAACGACUGGUGGCGCAGCGAGUUCGAGCGCACCGGCAAGCGGCCCAGCGGCGACGAGGUGGGCGACUGGUACAUCCAGAAGGCCCCCAGCAUCUGGGGUGCGGAGGCGCCCUCCCUGGAGGAGACGCGCACGCACGCCAAGUGUCUGCGUUCCGUGGGCUCCAUUCGAGAGUACUUUAGGGGCUACCGGGCGCGGAAGCGGGCCCGGCAUGAGGAUGUUGGCGGGGCCGCGGACGGCAUGGGCGGCCUCUCCUCCCCCACCAUCACCGCCCCAAGGUCGGCCCCCUCAGCCUCCACUCCUGCCACUACCGCUGCCGCUGCCGCCGCCUCGGGGCUGCAGAACCUGCAGCACCUCGCGGCCAUCUCCUCUCUGCUGCCGCAGCUCUCAGCGCUGAACCCGGUCAGCCUAGCGCAGCUGCAGCUGGCCGCCGCCGCUGCCGCCAACAGAGCCGCUCCAUCCGCGCCCGCUGCUAGCCCAGCUGCUCUGCUGCAGGCCCUGGCGGCUUCCGCGUCCCAGCAGUUCCAGCAUACAGCUCGUCCGGAGAGCCAGAUUAUGUCAGCAGCGGCAGCGGCCUCCAGCUGUAAGGCUGGUACCUCGUUGCAAGUCCCAUCCAAGCCCCAGGCGCAUGGUGGUCUAAUGCCGUAUGCCAUGCCACCUGAUGCGACAGGGGCGCCGAUGGCUCUGCUGCCGCUGCCGGCGCCAGGGUCUCGGGCUCCCCCUCUGGCUCUUGGGCUGCCCUCCUCGGCAGGUGGCAGUACCGCUACGGGCUCCUUGGCGUCCUUCUUCCAAGGCGGCAGCGAGGAGAAGGCCGGCGGGAACAGAGGCGGAGAUACUUGUGGCUUCAACGGUUCCGGAGGCGGUUCCUUGGACUGUGGGGGCCUCUCAGUGGGGCCCUCAUCCGGCGGCUGCAGCACGCCGGCUGCCCCUGCAUCGGUCCUCCUAGCUGCAACAAACACUGCAACUCCGGCAACGACUGCAUCUGCCGUUUCCGAGGGCACCUGCCACCCUAAGGCGCUGACUACGACCCUUGGGCCAUCACACAAGGGCAAUCAGGACCCGGGCGAACUGGCAGCUCUCCUUUUGCAACAAACCCAAAUGCCCAAGGGUGUAACGCCGCCUCUAGGUGCCGGCCAGAUUGCAGCCCUGCAUCACUUGCUCACAUCCAUGCCGUUUGCUGACGGCGCGGCUGUCUUGCACAUCACACCGCGUGCGACAACACCAGCAGCGGGCCAGCUUCAGGCGCCAGCGAAGUCGCAGCAACACCAGCAGCAACCGCACGCUAGCAACACGUCCGGCUUGUCGGGACCUGCUACCGCAUCCGCUACGGUGACCAACAGCGGCGGCGACGACGGUGCUGGCGACAAGGGCCUUACGAGGGCGGCGACGGCUGGGUUACCGGCUGCCACGGAUGGCGGAAUCGGUAAUAGCCCCGGUAAUAAUGGCGGCUUGGGUCACUCGGGUGACCCAUCGCGGCAACAACCCGACCAACAGAAGCUUACGCCCCAACCCUCCGUUGCGGCGCCAGCGCCCUCAAGCGUGGUUUCUGUGCCCUCUCUGGCCGCCACACCCUUGGAGCCGCCGCCGGAGCGACCUCCUGCCCUCGCCGCUGCGCCAGCGGCCGAUCCCAGGUCACUGCAGCCGCAGCAGCAGACACUAGGGCUGCGGUCCCGGUCACCGUCCUCGGCUCCCACCCCAGUCGCAGCGGCUAGCGGAGCACAGCUGCUCGGCUGCCAGCCGACCGGGCCCUCCUCUCGUCCGCCCACUGCACCCGUGACGACCCAUGCUCAAGCCCUGCAACCCGUCCAGCAGGGUCAACGGCACCCCUCAGGACCUCCUCUUUCCCAGCCCCAAGGCGGUAUGGACCGCUUCAAUCGGGCCUCCCCUGCGGCGGAAUCUACCCCACGGCACCAGCAGCAGCAGCAGCAGUGCCAGCAGCGGCGGACACCUGACCACCACACCACACACCACCACCAGCAGCAAAACGCCGCACCGCGUGCCACUCCACCGCCAGCACCACCUUCAGUGGCUCCAGCCCUGCCGACCUUACCUCCCAUCCCUCCACUUAAUAACGGUCUCUACGGAGCACCGCCGGCCCCCGGCCUAGCUCCGGCCCCGGGAACUGCUGUUGCAGCAGCUUCACCCGCCGCCACCGCUGCUGGCGCGCAACCUCCCAGCCUGCGCAGCUUGCUAGCCCAGCCGGAUGACGAGCUGUGUGGGCUGCUGCGGGGGCUGCCGCACGACCAGCUGGUGGUGCUGCUGCUGCGGGCGGUAGCGACGGUACGACAGAAGAAGGCUCACGAGGAGCGCCUGAUGGACGAGCUGUCGCAGAUGCUGGAGCAGCAGGGCAACCUGCAGGCCCAGCUGCACACGCAGCGGGUGGAGGCCUCCCGCCUGUACCGCGACCUCCUGGCUCUCCGGGAGGAGGCGGCGCAUGGGGCAGGAGGCAGCUGCGAUGUGGGCGGCGGGGCUUCUGUGGCCAUGGCAACGGCGGGAGUCGGCAGCAGCGGCGGCUACAGUGCGGGACCCUUGGCCCGGGCCACCACUCCAGCUGCUGCGGCUGCGACGUCAGGGCUGCGACCAUCUGGGUCGGCUGCUUUUCUCUUGUCGCCGCCCGCGCCAUCCAUGGGCGGGGACGUGGAGUCCAGGGAGGGUGUGAAUGGACACGUGCCGAACCCUCAUCACCAACGCAACCAUCCGCAAACGCUGCCACCGCCUAUAUCUACCCAGCCGUUGCAACAGCAACCCAGCGGCGCCACGCCGGAGGUCGGGGCUGUGGCAGUGCCUGAUGCACACGCCAGCGGUGCGGGCGGUGCCGUCGCACCCUUACACAGCGGUCGGGGCUCGGUGGAGGAUGGGGGUGCGGCCAAGGCAGUGGUGUGCAGCGAUGGCGGGAGCGGGACGUGCUAGGCACGGGAAGGUAGAGGUGGGAGUAACGGAACUGGGGAAGUGGAAGAAGUGUCAGUAGGGCAGGGAGGACUGGGAAAUGCGGGUUGUCUACAACCGCUGGUGACAUGCAAGAAAGUACAAGCAUGGCAUGUAGUAGGUGUUCAGUCGUUGCCAUGAGCAAUGGGCCCUAGCUACUAGGUAAUCCUAGGCAGCGGUUGCAGGCAUGCGGCUUCCGUUUUGCCCUUGCCAUGGGAGGCACAGAACCAUGUCAUGGUGUCAGAUGCGAGCGCAUACCGGUAUUCAUGUCGAGGUGAGGAGAACACAGG